AUGGCUUGCUGCAGCCAGGAAGACACAUUUGUGAGCGCACUUGUGAAAUAUCUAUUGUUCUUUUUCAAUUUCGGAUGCUGGCUGUUUGGUGGUGUGCUGAUUGGGAUUGGGGUUUGGGCCUUCAUCGAGAAAAAUCGUUUUUACCAUAAAGAGGUUCAGACAGUGUAUGACAUCAUCUUCGAUCUUUCUGUCAUCUUCUUUAUCGUCGGGUUCAUCAUUUUCAUCCUUGGAUAUGCUGGCUGUAUUGGAGCUCUUAGAGAAAAUAUUUGUCUUCUCAAAUUUUACUACAUCACAAUGAUAAUCAUUUUCCUGUUGCUGGUUGUUGGAGCUGUUUUAGCAUUUGUGUUCAGAGACAAAGUUAAACAAAUUUUGGUUGAUGUCCUCCAACAAAACCUUAUAACACGUUACCAAGAUGACCCAGAUGGACAGAGUACCAUUGAUUGGAUACAAGAAAAGCUGUACUGCUGUGGUGUGAAUGGUUACCGGGACUGGAACAGUAAUCAGUAUUUUAACUGUACUGACGACAACCCCAGCCCUCUACGUUGCAGUGUACCAUACUCCUGUUGUAGGGACCCUGAUGUCCUCACGCCUGGAGUGCCUAAUAUUUUGUGUGGAAAGGAUGUAUUAGAAGAGUCUGGAGAUAUUUCUAUUAUCUACACUAUUGGGUGUGUGGACGCUGGAAUACGUCUGGCAGAGAAGGAACUUCCAGUUAUGGGUGGCAUAGUCAUAGGACUGGCAGUUCCGCAGCUAUUUGGAAUUUGCCUUUCACGACUUCUUGAGGGUCAAGUGAUGGACCAGAGAGCAAGAUGGGCACAAACACACCAUGGACAUCAUCAGUAA